GCAAACACCCUCAUUGCACGUUGGCAACACGCUUCUCACCCAUACCCACAAUCUCUACUUCGAAGUCUCAACUAUCCAAUCAGCAGGAGACAGCACAGAAAGCCAUGAUCUCCCCGGCUACGGCGCAAAAACAGCGUCUCAUGAGGGACCAAUUCUGGGUCCAGUUCGACAACAUCCCAAUCAGAGGUCACCCACUGAUCAAAGACAGAUUGGAGGUGGAAUACCCAAACAACAAAGUUCUGAAGUGGGUACUUCCAACUCCGGAAUUCCUGGCCCCUCACUGUGACUCCAUCACCACGGUUUUGGAAGUAAACACGGAAUCUAACCCCGAAUUCCCGGAGGAAUGGGAAUUUUGCAUAGGGGAGGAAGCAUCCUCGGUAACUGUUUCAACGAAAGAUGCCCCUAUCUGUUUCAGGUGCAGGGAGAGAGGACACCUGGGCACGGACCCUGCGUGCCCGAGAUCCCCUGAACACUCCAAAGAGAAGAAACUGAGACAGAACAUGCUGGCGGAAGUCGAAGAAGCGAAGGGAAUAUGGUUCGUUAACGACCAGGACUACAACGGUUGGGUCUUCGACGACACCAUCGACGAUCCAAAAUGGAUCUGGACAUAUAACACGAACCCGUCCACGAAACAGCCAGACAUAUUCCCUCCAUCAGAUAGCAGAUGGCACGCAGUGGGAGCAAAAAAAGUAACAUGUAUCCCUGGCAAAAUUCACAAGGAUCAGAUCAUCGACCCACGGGUGAUCAGGGAAGAGAAAAAGCAUGAAGACUUGUUGUGGGAUAUGGAGACAAUCAGGACCAAGACAGCAGAGACGUGCCAGAACACCAACCUGGAUAACAGCACCUUACUGCAGGAAGCGAAACAGACCCUAGAACACCGCCACCCCAAACCGGAGACCCCCCUUGCACUCAAGCGGAACGCCUCUCCCUCCGCCAAGAUUUGCCAAGAGGACAGGGUAGGGAAGAAGAGAAGGGCAACGGAGGAGGGUUCAGGUAUGAUUCUCAGAUUCGAAAGCCACCCCGCUGACGACACUCUCCCCGGGACAGACCAGAAAUCACCAACAAACACCAAAACAGAAAUGGACACCUCACAAGGCAAAGCAAGCCCCAUUCCCUGGCUCGAGGAAUACCUGCAGAGAGCAAAAUACGAAAGGGAAAAGGAGUUCGACAUCAGGCUGGCAUGCAUGAAACAUCUAGAGAAGACAGGGAAACCAGCCAACGGGAAAACAGUGGCUGGAAUCCCGCAGUCGAAGAAUUUUUUCGACCUGUUGCGAAUGAACUCCGAACUCUCGGAGUUCAGCGCUUUCAGGUACCACGAGAAGAAGAGGGAAAGAGAGUCCGUUGGAACAAGCACCGGCACAGGAUUUGACCCCCAGACUUCGGCAGAUUCCAUCCGCGACAUGGUUUCCAAAAACUGGAAACCGUCGAAGGGAAGGGACAAGAGACCAAGGGGCCCCCCCAAAGACAAAGCAGGCAGCAAGAACGAACAGCGCAGACUCACGCAGGAAAUUGCAACAGUGGCAGCACAGACAAAAAGACUGUUCGAACAGAACCAGGAUUACAAGAAGGAACAAGGAGAGAAGUUCAUAACAGUGCGGAUGAUCGCGGAGAACAAGGUGCCUGACAUCCCCAAAUCAGCAAACGCAGACAGGGGGACCAUCAGGUCGGUAAGACCGCUGCUUCCAGUCCGAUUUAGGAGCAAAUUCAACGAGUGGCAGGUGGCCACAGACGCAGCGUUCAUGUUCCCCACCCUCAACGACGACAGAGCCCUGGCCAAGAGCAUCAGGGACAACAUCACAGCGGAGACUCUGCUGGGGGUAUACGGGGUCCCACCACGAGAGCAGACAACCGAAGGGAAGACGCUGGAGGAGCCGAUCAUCACCCCCUUCGACCCCAUCCUGGUCAAGCUCGACGAGAGAGCAAAACUCAGCGAAGGCCUGACCUGGAGGGCAUGGGACACAAUUACAAUGUUGCUGUACAACGUGCUGAACGAAAGAUUCAGCACGACCGACAUCAUUGCAGAUUCGCUGGCUGACGUCAUCAGGACCCGCCUAUUGACCUCCAAGACCUCGCUGCAGGACGAGGCAACCCCCAUCGACAUGGACAUGGGAAGAGAAGAUUCCGACAUGGAAGACGAGGAGGAGGGAGAGAGGGAAGCGGAUAACAAGAUCUUCCAAGGGGGAGACGACGCUGGGCCAAAAACGAUGUCGGAGAGUAGCGCUGGAGAGUACGGCUUAAGCUCAUCAGCAGCAAGCGAGGACAGCAGGGACUCCGACACCGAUAGCAGCAAGACCCAGGCAGUUGUGGACUGAAUUAACCUACCACAUCAGAAUUACAACCCCACCCCAUAAAUAAAUGAAAACACAGCGC